AUGCCUAGUCCUUCCCCUUCCUCCCGUCUCCCCCACCGCCUGCCCUCUCCUCCACCACCAGUUGACGAGGAGAUCCUCCGCAAACCAUGGAAAUAUCUCGGAUACCGCUCGUAUUCCAGCUUUCUCGCGUCCGAUGACAAUUUUCUCGUGUUCAGGCGUUUCGGAGAUCUCAAUGCUCGAGUACUUCUAUAUCUUCAAGACCAGAUUGUCCGCCUUGAAGAAAGACUAGAGGAACUUGAUACGCUUCACUCGGCCAAGACAGCACCGGACAUCCACAAUGGCUCGUUUCGACUAGAACCUGUACCGGAACGCUCGAAAAUCUUGGAAGAGCUGCAUCCUAAGCUGAAAGAGUACAAUGCUCUUCUAAUCCAACACUCCACGCUGCGAUCCCGUCCCAAGGUCCCCAAAUGGGACACCGAAUCCCUGCGUAACUGGCACGCAAACACCCAGAACGUCUGCAUCCACGCCCCCGAAACCGCCUACAUCACCCACGACCACGACCUCAUCUCCCUUGUCCCCCGAGCUACUACUCCUUUACGCCACUUUCUCGAGCACUCCUCCCGCUUCCGCCUAGCACGCAUAUGGCGCAAACGCGCCCCGUCCCAUCUUGCCAACCACGCCACAGCUCAGCAUCCACUAUCCGAAACGCUGCACUUCAGCUCCGACAGCCGAAUCGACAGGACCAUUACUAUGCUGAUUACUGCAGCGGGGAUGGCGAUGUUGAUAGCGCCGUUGUGGGUGCUAGCAGUGACAAAGGGACCGAAUAAGACGAUCAAGAGGCUGGGUAUUAUUACUGGGUUUGUAGCGGUGUUUUUGGUGUUGAUUAGUUUGACGACGGUGGCGAAGCCGUUUGAGAGUUUGGCGGCUGCGGCGGCGUGAGUGUGCUUCCUUUUCUUCCUGAGUUGCGAGUGAGGGGGUUGACUGACGUUUGCGUGUAGGUAUUCGGCGGUGUUGGUGGUGUUUUUGCAGAUUGCGGAUUGAGAAUUUUAAGUAAGGCCUAGCAGAGCCAAGUGCUUGAGUGGCAAAUCCUCAGAAGGGAUAAUUUGAUUGCUGGUUGGCAUUGGCAUUUCCUGUCAGUACUCGCCAGUGCAGGUUGAGUUUUUACAAGUUGCAGAUUUAGAUGUCUGAGGUAAGGAUUUGAGGAGCAAAGGGCUUGGAGAACAAAUCAUGAGACGGGAUACUUCAAUUGACUGUUGGCUUUUCUUGUCGGUAUUCGCCAGUGUUGGUUGUGUUUUUCAGAUUGGGGUUUGAGAUUCUGAGGUGAGGGGUUGAAGAGCAAACCGUGAGACGGG